AUGGAAAGUGGCGACGAGCGGCCAUACCGGUCACACACCAAACCGGCAUGUAACCCCUGCAGACGACGGAAGUCGCGAUGCAAGCUCGAGCCCCAAACGGCGGCCUGUCUGAUGUGCCGCGCGCACGGCACUGAGUGUACAUUCCCCAACGGGCAAGCGAGAGCAACACCGCAGAAGAGGUCCUCCACAGUCACAGCUCCAACAAUACCACAUCCGGCAGUAAGGACGCCGAUUGCACCGCCUCAGGAACACGCCGUGGGCACUUCGGCGCAGUUCUCGGGUCUCAUACAGGGCCAGAAUGACCAGGAUACACCGCUGUCUCUAGAGGCUGACGAUGACAACCCGCAUAUUCUCGGCCCGGCAGUGACCGGAGAUACUCAUAUCCUGGCUGACUACCUGUCUAACAUUCCCGGUGGGCAGGGGAUUCGUGAGAUUCGUCCAGUCGAGCCGGGGAGCUCUUCAUCCCCGGUGAUAUUCACUAAAGUACAAAAAAGGCCACUGGGGCUUCUGGUGGGUUCCAGUCCGGCACUUGAGAAACUGCAGACCAUCGAAAAGCUUGUAGAGCCAUUCGGGCCGCGUCUGAUAGACCUAUACUUGAAUAAAGUCAACCCAUGUCUCCCAUUAUUAGACGAGAGAUCUUUUCGGGCACAAUACAUGAAUGCCAGGGAUCGCAUAUCUCCUGCAUUGCUUGCGUGCUUGUAUGCACACAUGCUUACCUAUUGGCAACAUGACCCUGUCUUAUCACGAGAAAGGUGCCCAGAUGUUCGCUUCGUCUGGAAUCUUGCUAUUGAAGCUGCAUGUGCUGAGCUGCAUGCUUCUCCUGGUAUAUCAACGAUCAAAGCCAUUCUACUUGAUAUCGGUGGCCGUCCAACCACCUCCAUAAUAGGCAAUGGCGUAAGGCUUGGCUCGGCGGUUGCUUUGUGCCAUUCCCUGGGGUUGAACCGGAACCCGUUGCCAUGGGAUAUUCCGCCAGCGGAGAAGCACUUGAGGAUGAAGAUCUGGUGGUCUGUCCUACUUCAUGAUAGGUGGUUGAGUCAUGCUUAUGGGACACCUCCCCAUAUCAGAAGAUCCCAGUACGACGUCCCGCUACCGAUACCCGACUAUCUGUCAGAUUGGGACCAAAAUAGCCGUGCAAACGCCGUCUUCAUCGAGCUCAUGAACCUGACAGACGUGUUGGACUGCUGUCUUGAGCAUGUGUACAGUAUCCGCUCCACUCAAGUUCCACCCAGGAACCUCGAACUGGAGUUGAACAAAUGGAUAGACUCACUGACAGGGGACAUCCGCAAAAUAAUCAUUCGCGGCUCAAAUUUGGCCAUUCCUGGCGCAACCAACCUCCGCCUCGCAUAUCUAGCAAUAAGACUCCUUCUCCGGCGCAUAGACCUCGACCGAGAAAAGCGAUCACCCGAUUCAAACCCGGAGCAGAUGGCCAACCGAGUGAUGGAAGCCCGCAGAACCGCCGAGGACAUUGUGGUCCUGGUGCAGGAACUCGGAGAGGCGCAAUUGAGUGACUUCUGGAUGCCCGUCGUAGCAUUCACUUUUUCAGCAACGGUGACAUUCCUGAUCCGUUGUGCGUUGGAAACAGAGCGCGCUGCGGGCCUUGCACAAAGUGGUUCUCUCCGGAUGGCGAAUGAUCUUUUAGUGUCGCUGCGAUCCCACCAGAAGAAUCUCAGCUGGGACCUUGCUGAUAUUUGUCUGGCACAGCAUUCAGAGGUUAUUGAGAGGUUGUUGAGCUCGGAGCCACCGGCGAAUAAAGCCGAUGAGACGAGUGUUGAACCACUUGUACCGGAUAUGACGUUUCUUCAGGAUUUGUUUCCGAGUACUUGGGAUAUACUGCAGAUUAUGUGA